GCCGCACGCAUGCGCUCUCCAGCCCGCGCCUUGUCGCGAAAGCGAGGGGGCGAGGUCCUGCGGUCCCGGCGCGCGCGGCGGGCAGGUCGGAGAAUGGAGGCUGUAUCCUCCGCUGCAACGGUCAGGUCUGCCUGUGGAAAGGUGGCUGUGUAGGUACCCGGGUGGAGUGCAGGCCGGCGGCGGCGGCAGGGCCAUGGCGGGAGAAGGGUUUCGCUGGGCUCCCUGAGGUGCGCUCCCUGAAGUCCCUGGGAGCUGUGGCCCAUGGGCUCGCUGAGCAGCCGAGUGCUGCGCCACCCGGGACGAGCCCGAGCCCAGCAGGAGCCGGGUUCUGGGGCUGGGGGCUCGGCCCGCAGGCCGGAGACCGAACGCGAUGCGGCGGGCCACGGCUUCUGUUACUGCGCCGGCAAGCGCAAGCGGAACAGCGGGGCCUUUUGCCACUGUCAUUCCGACUCGGAGACAGACGAGAAUGAGGAGGAAGGGGACGAGCAGCAGCGGCUCCUCAACACCCCUAGGAGGAAAAAGUUAAAGAGUACAUCCAAAUAUAUUUAUCAGACAUUAUUUUUGAAUGGUGAAAAUAGUGACAUUAAGAUUUGUGCUCUGGGAGAAGAGUGGAGCCUACACAAAAUAUAUUUAUGUCAAUCUGGCUACUUUUCUAGUAUGUUCAGUGGUUCUUGGAAAGAAUCCAGCAUGAAUAAUAUUGAACUGGAGAUUCCUGACCAGAAUAUUGAUAUAGAAGCCUUGCAGGUUGCCUUUGGUUCACUGUAUCGAGAUGAUGUCUUAAUAAAGCCCAGUCAAGUUAUUGCCAUUUUGGCAGCAGCUUGUAUGCUGCAGUUGGAUGGUUUAAUACAGCAGUGUGGUGAGACAAUGAAGGAAACAAUUAAUGUGAAAACUGUAUGUGGCUAUUACACAUCAGCAGGGACCUAUGGAUUAGAUUCUGUAAAGAAAAAGUGCCUUGAAUGGCUUCUAAACAAUUUGAUGACACACCAGAAUGUUGAACUUUUUAAAGAACUCAGUAUAAAUGUCAUGAAGCAGCUCAUUGGUUCAUCUAACUUAUUUGUGAUGCAAGUGGAGAUGGAUGUAUACACAGCUCUUAAAAAGUGGAUGUACCUUAAACUUGUGCCUUCUUGGAAUGGAUCUUUAAAACAGCUUUUGACUGAAACAGAUGUCUGGUUUUCUAAGAGGAGGAAAGAUCUUGAAGGUAUGACCUUUCUUGAAACUGAGCAAGGAAAACCAUUUGUGUCAGUAUUUAGACAUUUAAGGUUACAGUAUAUUAUCAGUGAUUUGGCCUCUGCAAGAAUUAUUGAACAAGAUUCUCUAGUACCUUCAGAAUGGCUCGCUUCUGUGUAUAAACAGCAGUGGCUUGCUAUGCUCCGGGCAGAACAAGACAGUGAAGUGGGGCCUCAAGAAAUCAAUAAAGAAGAACUAGAGGGAAAUAGCAUGAGGUGUGGUAGAAAACUUGCCAAAGAUGGUGAAUACUGCUGGCGAUGGACAGGUUUUAACUUUGGCUUUGACCUACUUGUAACUUACACCAAUCGAUACAUCAUUUUCAAACGCAAUACACUGAAUCAGCCAUGUAGUGGAUCUGUCAGUUUACAGCCUCGAAGGAGCAUAGCAUUUAGAUUACGUUUGGCCUCUUUUGAUAGUAGUGGAAAACUAAUAUGUAGUAGAACAACUGGCUAUCAAAUACUUACACUUGAAAAGGAUCAGGAGCAAGUAGUGAUGAACUUGGACAGCAGGCUUCUGAUCUUCCCUUUAUAUAUCUGCUGUAACUUCCUGUAUAUAUCACCAGAAAAAAAAACUGAAAAUAAUCAUCCAGAAAAUCCAGAGAACUGAAGAUCUCAUCAGUUGCAAAGAGUAGCACUUUGAAAACUUUUUUAGCCAGCUUUAAUUUAAUGGCCCUACUGAUAUUCACAUCUAAGGUGACUAACAAUGACAAAGGCCUUAUGAACUGUACAGAUAAUACAGAAGACUAUUCUUACCCUCAUUACAUUUCUAUGCAUAUAUAAAAUACAUUUUAAAGCCAAGAAAGUAUCUGUCAGCCAUCUAUCUCUGUUAUAAAGAUGUCGACUUAUGCUUUUAAUUUAACAUUAGAAAAUUGCUGUAGGUAAAUUUCACAUUUCUCUACAAACAAAUACAGGUUUAUUUUUAGCUUAAACUUUGAUCCUAGCUAAUGUUGGCAAACCUCAGUUGCCAUCUGUAAAUUUAUUUUUAUUUGACUAAAGGAAUAAUUUGAGCAGCCAAUUAUAAAUGCCCUUUCAAUUGGUGUGCUUAAAGCUGUCCUUUAAUUUUUUUCAGGUGCUUUUUUAUGAUUAUUCCUAUUCUAAUAUUUUUCUAAGUUAUACUUGUUUUUAAUCAUUACUUUUUUCAUAGUUUUGGAGAUUAAACUGGGGAACUUUUUAUUUAACUUAAGCAUUUUCUUGCUGUUUUAUUUUGCUUGCUUUAGGAUUUUAACAAAAAAUCAGCUUCAGACAUUCAAAUGAACUUGAAUGGGGGAGAAAAUCAGUUUGAGUCUGAGGAUAUUCCUUUGCCUUACAUGGUCUUUUUCUUUGACAUUCUAUACAACUUUAUUAUUAGGUCAUGGAUUAUUUAUAUACCAAAUAUUAUACUUUAAACAUUUUCAUAUUCUCUGAUCUUUAGAAUUAUGUUCAAGUUUUAGUUGGUAAUCCUAAACUUAAGCUCAGGACUUUAUAAUCUCUAAUUGAGUGCCUUUGAGUUACACAUGCUAAUAGAAAUUUCAUAGCAAAUGUAAAUAAGGUUGGAGGAUCUCAUAGAAGCUAAUAAAGCAUUCAUGUAAAAAUAGAACUUAUUUUUGUCAAAAAUGAGAUGUGCACUUGUCAUGAUUUAUAUGUGUUGACUUACUGUGUUUACUGCUAUUUUGAAAAUAGCCAUGCUCCUCUCUUUCCAGUCAGAGUAAGUACUUUUUGUGGUUAAUGUAUAUUUUUAGUAAGUUUUUAGAAAUGGGAAUCAUUUUUAUGUAUCUAUGAAUAAGUACCCAUUUGGAAAAACUAAAUGAGCUCUUAUAUAAAAUGGACCAAAAAAACCUAGUUAAAAACAGAAUUUUUUCUUUCUAGUUAGACUUUUUUCCAAUUAGAUUUAACUUUUGGAAUUUAUUGGGAUUUUCUUCCCUAUUAAUAUGUCCAUAGGUUCAUAAAUUGCUUUUGUCCUUUCAAAAUUCAUCUUCUUUGAACUUGAACCUUUUAAAUGCCUCACCCUCUUGUCCAUUCUCAGAACUGGUAUCUAACUGUUUCAGAUAUAAUAAUUUGGCUGUAUCAAGAGGCUACAUUUCUUCUUUUUAUAUUUGGCUAUAAUUAUAUCUCUCAUGAGAUCCUUUUGUUUUCUAUCUUACAGCAUCAUAGGUUCUUUACCCUUUAUGUAUUAAAAAAUAUAUAAAUCUUAAAUUGAAUUACUUGAAUAAUUGAAUUUUUACAGAACUUGGGAGUAAAGAUAGUUAAAGUUUGAGUAUAUUGGUGAGUGAAAUUUUAUUUCACUUACACAAAUUAGCAAAAUUGGUAUUAUAUAUGGUUCCUGUCCAUUGGUUCUUUCCUGGCCAAAUUGCUUAUGUCAUCCACAAACAGAAUAAUUAUUUCUUCAGUCACAAGUAGGAUGUGCUCUCACUUAAGAAACUGGUAAUUGUCAGCUAGUACUUCACACUGAUAGGAAAGAUCUGCUUUUGUUUUCUUACCAAAUACUUCAUUGUGUUUACAUGCUUUUCAUUAUUUUCAAUAAAGUUAUUAAUAGUGUCGACUGAAA